AUGGCAGAGCAACAUGCUGAGACUGUGUCCGAGCAGCGAACUAAAGAACAGGAACAGUACUGCAAGCAACUGGAAACCUUUUACCAAGGCAUUGGCAAUAAACCUGUCUACACCAUGGAGAUAAUCAAGUUCGCUGCCAAUGCCAUCGCCGGUCUAACCGAAGAAAAUCCCAACUGCUCGUUCAUGGACAUCGAUGGCAAGGUGCAUGAUGACUUUGACCAUUCGUUAAUAUUGCGGGUAAACCAAGAUUCCGGAACAAAGGCAAAGUUUGAAUUUUGGAGUUAUCAGGAGUUGGCCACCAAUCUUGGCCUUUGGGCCCGGGCUUAUGGACUCGAGGAUGAAAACUGGGGCCCGUAUCUAAAUCACCUUGCAGAAAAGAAGAUUCCUUGUUUCCACUUUCCCUGGGCGCAUCCUGAUCACCCUCCGCUUCGGGAAGAUGAUCUGAGGCAAGUCGAGGCCAUGUGGAAAGAGACAGCGGAGCGCAAAGAGAUCAUGAGCUAUUUCCAAAAGAAGUCAGAGAAAGAGCAGACCACCAUGAUUAAAAAGAUUGUAUGUUUCGGACUCGGAUGCCUGAGCUCGGUCAACUUGAGUAAAUUAAACGAAGGCCAGCACCGCAUCCACAACCUGUAUCACCAUCUCGUCGCUUUCGAUAUCGCCGACGCUUUGAAGGCAUCUCAAGUCCCUGUACCCAUCAUAUUCCAGGACCCCAUAUACCGAAAACAUGACCACGCAUGGCUUCAAAAAUUGGCAGAUGAGCGAGGUAUUCAGAUCAGUUUCAUAGAGAAUCCACGAGGUCUCUUAGAAGUUGAUGAGAACACCCUGGUCCUUGCGCAUGGCAGUCCAGCCUUCCCUGUCAGCCAGCUCAUUGUCGAUGUGACGAAGCCGUUCAAUGGUCCCGCUGGGUUUUUCUGUAAUACCAUCCCAAAGAUCGUAUCCGCGGAGGACGAGCUGAAAGAAUUUGAACUACGCCGGAUGAACCCACCAACUAGGCGCGUUGCCUCAAUGGAAGCCGACUAUAACAUGCGCGCGGUGUUUACAAUCAACAACUGGUCGUCGACGAUGUACAUGAAGCAGAAGUAA